GCAUCACUGUGGGACUUCUGAGUCCCGACGCUGGCAUUAAUGGCCGUAAUGGCGAAUGUGAAAUUAAGUAAAUAGUUUUUAGUUCCAAUUUGAUUGAAGUAGAUUAUAUGGUUUAAAAGUAAUUGAUAUGAGUAACUUAUGUUCGAUUAUAUGUGGAAUUGAAUCAUUUAUUGUUAUUUAAGACAAACUCAUAUUAAUAUUAAGACAAAUUUGUAUUUUGUUAUAAUUUUACUAACAUGGCCGAGUAUUUGGCGGCUAUAUUUGGUACUGAAAAAGACAAAGUCAAUUGCUCCUUUUACUUUAAAAUUGGAGCUUGUCGACAUGGGGAUCGGUGUUCAAGAAUUCAUAAUAAGCCAACUUUCUCUCAAACAGUUUUGUUACAAAAUUUGUAUGUGAAUCCUCAAAAUUCUGCUAAAUCUGCGGAUGGUAGUCAUUUGGUUGUGGCAAAUGUGUCCGAUGAGGAGAUGCAAGAGCAUUAUGAUAAUUUCUUUGAAGACGUAUUUGUGGAGUGUGAAGAUAAAUAUGGUGAAAUAGAAGAAAUGAAUGUUUGUGACAAUCUUGGAGAUCACCUAGUUGGAAAUGUUUACAUUAAGUUUCGCCGGGAAGAAGAUGCAGAGAAGGCUGUUAAUGAUCUUAACAACCGUUGGUUUGGUGGUCGGCCUGUAUAUGCAGAGCUUUCACCUGUGACAGAUUUCCGUGAGGCAUGCUGCCGCCAGUAUGAGAUGGGAGAGUGUACACGGAGUGGUUUUUGCAACUUUAUGCACCUUAAACCUAUUUCAAGGGAGCUUCGGAGAUACCUGUACGCGCGACGCAAAGGCGGGCGCCGCUCGCGCAGCCGCUCGCGCGACCGCCGCCGCCGCUCGCGCUCGCGUGAGCGUCGCCGCGAGCCGCCGCGCAACUCGCGCUCCGGACGAUACUAAUUCAAUACAUCUGAUAACUUGUGCGCUUUUCCUAUCAUAGCUCUUUAGAUAUUUACAUGUAUAACGAGAAUCCUAUUGUGAACAUGUUUAUUGCAUUGUACUGAUGUAUCUAAGUAUAUAGAUUAUAGAGGUGAUUCUAAAAGUUAUGUCCAGUAGGUUAAAGCGCACAAUUAACACGACGAUUUGUAUUCAGUGUUUACCCAUAGGUGAAAUUCUUUACAAAUUUUUUGAUUAUAAACAUUUAAAAUUUGAAAUGUUUCAAGUAAGAUCCUUUGUAUGCAGAAAAUAUUUGUUCUUCUGUUAGCGAUGUUGGGUUGAUGUAUAUGUAUACUGCAAUAUCCUUAAAAAAGCCGAAUGAGUGUAUCAGUGCAAAAACCAAGAAUAGAGCACUGCAAGAGUUCUUUGGUUCGCUUUGAAGUGUGCAAAAUGAUCUUAAUAUUAUAAAUUUAGGAGAAAAAUAGAUAUGUAUGUUUUCGUAUAACACUUUUAUUUACUUGUUUCAAAACAGAAUAACUUAAAAUCAUAGAAAUAAAUUAUUCACAAAUUUAAUGAAGAUUAUCUUACGGUUUUGCAGUACACAUUAUAAUAUCAUACAAUUUAACAGCUAUUAAAACAACUACAAUGUAUUAAGUUCAUUAUAAGUAUAUUCCACUAAAGGG